GGAAAAAGGUGUUUCCCCCACGAAUAUAGUGAUAAUUGGGAAAACGCUACUUAGAUAAAUUUGGCACUUCAGACUAUCCUCCGGAUAAAAAAAUAUUAGGAGUAAUGAAGGACGAAAAUAAUAGUUGAAUUUGUAGGGUUGCGUGCAAAAUUAUAUUUUUUCAAAAUUUUAUGAGAAAAGCAAAGAUAAGAAACGCGCGAAGGGAACCAAAGAAUCUACAUUAAAAAUUUUUACUUUCGAUGAUUAUAUUCGAAAAUUCAAAAGGGACAUAACAUCGUGAUUAUCGUAGGUCAAUCCUUCGAGAACAUUGUUAAACUAUUUCAAGUCAACCUUUGGAGUGGGGGGAGGAUAUUGUCAUGCUAUAAGAAGUACCGUUUCGUGACAUCUUCUGUCAGUAAAUAUUUGACAAUCUUAGUUAGGCCUCAAAUAUUUCUGAUAAAAUGAGUAACUCUCAAACUUGUGUUGGGAAUACUUCAGCUACACACGCCGCUCUGUAUCACGAGGAAAAAUCUUAUGGGAAAGAGCAUUGGACUUUGUGCUCGAACCCUGAAAUGUACGAGCAAUCUCAACGUUUUGAUAAAAUCUGUACGAAAAUGUGUCCCGUGCGCCGUGCCGAUGGCCUAAAACCGUUCGAAGGUAUGGAUACACCUGAUCGUUUAGGUAUGAGCGUCUCACUACCCGCUAAAACACCUGAUAAAGAAAAUGGGAAGCGGCAAAACGAGGAUUGGAGUGACAAUGUCCACAAACGACAAAAAGCAGACUUUAACAACGAAAAAGACAGCUUAUUGUUUACGAAACCUGUGAGUUUGGAUACCAUGCCUGAGAAGUCUACUGCAUCAGCAUUACUAUUGCUGAUGAUGCAAACGGUUUACAAUUUGGAUAAUCGGAAGCGUAUAGUCGUGGGUCUAGAUAUUUAUAACGGAUAUCAGCCAACGCUACAAGUUAUUAGUUGUGAGGGGGAUUCCAUCACACUUCUACCUUUGGAUUGGCGACUUCUUCUUGAACACUUUGAGAAUAUCCUUAAACAUUUUACAACUAAUGUUACUGUACUAAAAAAUAAUAAUGAAUGGUUCAAAGUUCCUCUCGCAAAUUGCAACAUCGUAAUAUGCGAAUUAUAUGGUGACCGUGCGAUAAAGAUAAUAUCGGGGAAAGACACUAUUGUUUUCAGAAGACAAUGCUUCGAAAGACUUUUAAAGCUCGAAUCGUGUAUAUGUUCUGCUGUAACGCUCGCGGAAGAUCAUUAUGUUACCGUAAUUCGAACUCGUAAUAGUUUUCUCAAUGAGAUUACAACGGCCUUUGAAACCGGAAAAAUUUCGAAUAUCACGCCUAGUGCAGUGGUUGACCUUCUUGAUUCACAUUGUAUAUUCAAUCACCUCUGUACAGAGUUAGUAACACUAGCAAUACACGAGUUAGUAAAUAGUGCACUCGCACGUUUAAAUUGCACCUGAUCCGAAUGUAGACUUUAAAUUACUGAUUUCAUUCCAUUAUCCUUGUUCUUUAAAAUUUUUAUGAAAGUGUUAAGUUUUUCAACGAUAAGACAAAUUCUUAAUAUCUUAAAAUAAAAAAAACUGAAAUAUUUAUUGUUCAUAAUUUUUUAUUUAUAUGAAUAUUACAUUUACCAUAAACAUAUCGUACCCAAGUUAAUCACCUCGUCUAAUCCCAAACCUCCUCUUCCCUCUCUCUAUCCUCCUCAGCUGCCACCACCACCACCUCCUCCGCCUCCUCAACCUCGGGCAUCAUACCCUGAGUGUAUUGAAGUAAUGUUUUUAUAGAAAUUUGUUUUAACUGAGUUGCUAAUUAGACACCCUUACCUCUCGAUAGAUGUGAAAUGGCACCUGGUGUACACGUAGCACCAUUUGCCCGAAAGUAUUUAUGUAAAACCACCUUUGUACCUGGUUCCCCACCAUCCCUUCGUCAUCCAUAUUUUUGCAAAUUUCCCGUAAUAUAAUCGUUAUUAAUCUAUCGUAUAUCCUAAUUUCCUGAUCCUCCGUUUCCUCAAAUCCCUCUAGCACAACCUCGUUAACACGUUCAUUACUUGGCGGCUUCAUUCUGUAAAACUGAUACUGUAGAACAAACACGGUCUACAGAUCAAUUCUUAUGAGUAAUUCGAGAUCUAUAGCGAUAGUCCCCGUCUCCACGUACGUGUUUGCGGGCGUGAUGACGUUCGGGUAAGGGUGUAGAGCUAAAGCUCAUUCUGCUACAAGCUAUCUGCGAGUGAGCGAGUGAGCAAGUGUCUUUGAAAAUGGUGAAAUCGCAAAUUCUUGUAAUUCUCAGAGGAUAUAUUAAUAUCCAAAAUAUGAUUAAUUUGCGCGAGGCUCGACGACAGCGUCGUCAACUAAAUUGCUGGACUGUUUUUGAGGAGGAAGAUUGGGGAGG